GUCCAGGACAAGUGCCCAAGAAACAAUAAUCAGAAGCCUUAAAAUUCACACAAAUUCCACAAAAACCUUAUCAUCCCUAAAGUGACCUUAACCCAACAAAAAUGUUGCUGUAAACAUUAACCAAGCAAACUUAAAUAAAUAAGUAAAUUAUUUAACCAUAAUGGAUUCUACAAAAGUCGACACAGAAGAUAAAAAUCGACACAAGAUAUCCAAAAGCUAUUUUAUAUUUUUCCUGGUUAAUUAUUUGCUGGUGAACCAGAUUGUGGAGGGUUGGGUGCAGGAGCCUCAGGCCAGGAAGUUUUUCAAAUAUGCAGAUUUAACAAAUGUCCCACAGUUUUUGGGAAGUACUUUAAGUUAUAAUAAUAAUUUAAAUGAUAAAGACACGAAGCAGUAUUUUAAACUCCUGCAGCACGAGACGCAGGACUCGAUAUUAGUUGGAGCAAGAAACGCAGUGUACAAUCUAAGUCUUCCUGAUCUAAUAGAGAACAAAAAUCAGCGUAUAGAAUGGCCUAGUAGCGGUGCACAUAGAGAACUUUGCUAUUUGAAAGGAAAAUCAGAAAUAGAUUGUCAGAACUACAUACGAAUCGGAGCCCUAGAUACGUCCAACGCCCUCCUGGUCUGUGGCACAAACUCAUUCAAGCCCUUGUGCAGAAGGUAUCGCAACCUGAACAACAAUGGUAUCAAUUCUGGGAUCAAUACUAAUAAUUUGCCACAAACAAAUAUUACUGCCAGCAGUGAAGCACAAGCUUCUAAGUUACACGAACAAUCGAAGGCAUAG